AGGGAGAGAGGGAGAGAGGGAGAGAGAGGCGGGUCAGAACGGAGCAGUGCAUCCCUCUCUCGUUCUCUCGCUCUUGUUCUUCGGAGGCACAGUGACUGACAUACCGGAGUCGAGCGCGCUGGACUCACUUCACACAUCCGCGUGUGAGAAGUGUUAGCUGAACUCAUUCACGCAGUGAACGCAAUCACUCGUGAAAAGUCACUUCAUCCACUCGUGGAAGCGCGACGCGUAAAAUGGGCAUGGCGUUUUUGCCCGCGCUUGUGUCUUCAUGAGUGAGACCCUCAGAGCGCACGACUGUGGAAAUGAGGCUCCGCGGAGAUGGACGCGUAAAGGCGUCGGUCUGAAGUGAUCAUAAAAGCAGAAAAGAAACACUCAUCAGAAGCCAUGGGGAUCCGACAUCUCUUGCUUCUUUUGGUCUAUCUGGACCCUCUGUGCGUCCUGAGCGCGUCCACGGCCAAAAGGAGCAAACCCGCUCCAAAGAGACCUCCAAAAGUGAAGGAGGUCAACAGCACGGCGGCUCCGACGGUGGUAGCUCGACGCAUCACGCAAGUCCAAGCGCCCAUCGUCGGGGAUCACGACACCUGCCUCGGCUACUACGACGUGAGCGGUCAGUACGACAAAGAGUUCGCCUGCAACAACACCGACCACCGGUUCUGCUGCGGGAGUUGUUUCCUGCGCUUCUGCUGUCCCAUCAAAGCCAAGAGACUGGAUCAGAGAGUCUGUACCAACUACAACACGCCCGACUGGAUCAAAACCCAACCGCCCUCGCCGGCACCCACCGGGGACACGUACGACCCCGCGCUUGACAAGACUAACACCACCGUGUACAUCACCUGCGGGGUCAUCACCUUCAUCAUCAUGCUGGGGAUUUCUGCAAAAGUGGCUUAUGAUAAAGCCACCAGACCGCCUCAAGAGAUGAAUGUUCAUAGAGCGUUGGCGGACAUUUUGAGACAGCAGGGGCCUGUUCCCAUAUCUCAGUACGAGCAUGAAAACAUGGCAGCGAUAGAAACCUCGCCCAAAGAGAACACACCUGUACGCACGUCCAAGAACCACUACACACCCGUCCACAACAAAAGCAACCACGGGCAUUAUGGGAAAGAAAACUUCCGCAGCGGUCAGGACAUGCACAACUUCAUCUCCUCUGGAUUUGUGACGCUGGGCCGGGGCCAUCUAAAAGCUCAACAUUCAGUAGAUGAUCUGGCGUGGCAGGGCGACCUGGACGUUCCCUUAUCAUACAGUAAUCAUCAGCACGAAUACACCAGCCAUCUGGAUCUCACCGGCUCACACACGCCCAAAAUCGGACACAGAAUAGAAUACUAUGAGAAGCCGAGGAUGAACAACAUUCUGACGUCACAGACUGAACCCUACGAUCUGUCAUUCUCACGCUCCUUUCAGAAUCUCACUCAUCUUCCUCCUUCAUAUGAGAUGACCAUGAAAGCAGACUUAAGCGAUAAAGACGAUGAGUACUACAUGCGGAAACAUCACCUGCACGACCAGCCUCCCCGUGGCGGUAACCUGCAGUCGCACAUGGUAAAGCUGAACGUGGAACCUCCGGCGCAACGGCAGAAGCCCAAGCGAGUGCAACGUGCCAUGUCCCAGGAUCACGUGCUGUCCCCCGCCCGCUCCAAUCCCAGCCGGGACUACCUGAUGUCGUACGGCAGAGGCGCAGGGGGUCUCUCUCCGUACCACGGACGCAUCCUAUCCGAAGAGCAGCUGUUGUCAGCCGACCGACUCCACUCGCAGGAUCCCCUGCUGUCGCCGGAAAAGAUGCUGUCCUUGCGCCGCUCCAACUUCCGAGAAAAGGCCAUGUCUCGGGCACUCUCCCACACGGACAUGUUCAUGCCGACGACGCCAGUCAUGGACCGGCACUACAAAAUGAUGAAGAUGCACUCGCACCCCAGCAGCACCAGCGAAUUCUCCAACACGCUGACUGUUAGUGAUGCGCAGGUGGGCAACAAGCGGCAAGCCUUCGCCAACCGCCGCAUGCACACGGUGGACCAUCUACAGUAUAUCCCGGGACAUCACCACCAUCAGUAUAGAACCGCCAGUAAGACUGAAGUAACUGUCUAACUGUACGACGGCACGGAAGAUCGAGCGACUAUGAUGUCAACAAACAAUCUCCGCAGUGCUCUGCGGGUUAGCCUGAGAUCCAAGAAACUCUAAAAUCACAACGCCGUCCCACUUUGACUGGGUCGUUUAUAAGAAUCCAACCUUGACCUGUUCCCGCUUCCAGCGUCUCGCUCCAUCGGUUCUGGGUCAGCAUUCCGAAGCGGCCCGGAUCUCCACACACGUAGAGCAAACCCAAGGGCUUCGCACGCCAAACCCGAACAGAUUUUUCCAGGUUGAGGAUGGGACUGCUACGGACUUCACACAGUAAAUCAAACCGUAUAUAGAUGUAUGAUUUGUAACUAAUCAUAGCUAUAGAGAUUCUUCUAUAUAAAUAGAAGUCAGCACUUAUCGAGUGCCUCUUCGAAAAACACGUCCCAUUUCGAUAUCGAAUUGGGCGAAAGGGUUUAAAAGCACAAUAAAACUCGAUUCGAUUUUCCUUUGUCACAUAAGCUCUGUUCUUCUGUUUUUUUUACGAUACGUUUCAAGUAGAGCUGUGACGUUUCGCGUAGCUGAUUGUAAAUACGCUCAGUUAGCUAAACAGCCGCUUAGCUUCGUGGGUUCUCUGGGUUACGUUUUGACGUCUCUUUGUUCAGUUUUCUAGCAUAACCAACUCACCCGACGUAUAUUUGACAUCACAGAUGUGUACAGUAACGUGUGUGUGCGUGUGUGUGUUUUUUAAUCUGUACUUGUAGACUAAUGGUGAAUAAAUGGAUUUAGCCAUUCGUAUGCAUUGUCUGCUAGUUUUGAAUAAGAAUGAUACAUUCGCUUUCCUUUCUUGAUUGUCCAACUCCCCGAAGUGUUAAUGAAACAAACACUGGCAACAUAUCGCAAUCACGGGAAGAAAAUUGGUGCUGAAUAAAUAAUGAUGAUGAUGAUGAUGAUGGAAGAUAUGCGUUUAAUAGCCUAUUAUACAAAAAUAAAUAGCAUAUUCCCUCCUGAAAGAUGCUAAUGAAGAACAUUCUCUCUAUAAAUGUGAAGUAGCUCUUUCACGAUGUUUACUGUCAGUCUGUCAGGGAUUUCCCAUGAUGCUCUGCUCUAGACGACUCAAAGGAAUUCUUGAGAUAAGUGCCAUUUUAAUUCUGUUUGUUAACGAGGUCUUAAUAAAAUACGGUUUUAUGAAAUCGACCCGCAGAUGCCCAAUUUUAAGGGUUGUUUAUAAUAUCAACGCUGUCCUUCCAAAACCUCGUCUGUCCAAAUUUGCUGUUUUUUCAGGAAAUAGAAAAACACAGAACUUUUUUUAAUGAUUAAAUAAUGCGUGGUCAAAGUUGAGACGCCUUUUUGAAUACUUUUUAUUGGUUAGAUAUUUGCAAGACUCAGUGACAAACAUAAAGUGUGACCAAUAAUAAUGACUACGAAAUAUGGAGAUACGAGGUUUCAUACAGCAGCGAUACAACAAAUGUUGCUUAACAAUUAAUAUCUUUAGUUUUCUAAAAGAGGUUUGACAAUAAACACUAGACACCAGUCUUUCUUUAUUGUUUCUGACUCUUUCAACAGCAUUUUGGGCAAAGUGUUGAUUAUUACAGAAGAAAAAUCAAUCGACCCUCAGUUUUAGUUUCAAAAACAA